AUGGGUACUUUGGAUAUGCCUAUACUUAUAGAGAAUUUAUUUGGAAGAUUCCCAUGGAAUGCACCAUAUUUAUAUCAAGAAGAAUCACCUAUUUAUCAAUUAGAUAAAGUACAAACACCUACACCUAUCGUUACUGAUCAUAUUGAUGUACGAGUCCUUGCAAGUCAAAGUUAUAUACUAGAACGGGGACUUUAUUAUAGAGGUAUGCCAGUACAACUACUUAUUCUUCCAAAUGAAGGACAUUUAUUAAGUAACAAUCGUUGA